GUGAUGGCAAAAUUGCAACUUCGUAAAAAUUGUCGCUCACCAAGAUGUGCGGAAAUGACACACAGGCGCGCGCACUGUGACGUCACAACACGUCACGCGAGAAAGCACAGCAGUGGACGGACAGUGGGAAAUCAUGGUCAACAACGGUGCCAACCGUUAUACGCGGUGACAUUGUGCAAACAUGUCCGCUCAGGAUUGCACGCACUCGUGAAGGUGAGCGUUUAACUACAUGGACACUUGAUUUCUCUUUUCGUACAGUACUGUUCCGUCAAAUUAGCAAUAGCUUUAGCAGGACGAGGUAUUGGUCCUCGCAAACACCGUCGCGUCACUCAAAUUCACACAUCGUACACAAACUGGCCGAUCCAUUUGACACAUAUCUGGGUACGAAAACAAGAAAUUGAUUACGCGUGGGACUGCGAGUAGCCGCUUUCCGCGCUGCAGGAUUUGCUGGUGUGUUUUGGUUCAAGGGUUGUCGGGCGAAGGAAUGCGGAAGUAGAGUGGGACGUCCAGCUGACGAAUCGGCGUCACAUCGGCUCGCCUGCAAUGAGUCAGUGACACAUGAUGCCAUCACACGCCGCAUGCUCUGUCACUGUGCUGGCGUGCGCAACAACACUGACAAGUUAACGGCUUCUUCGAUGACAUGAUGUGCCACGUCUCUGUUUCAUCGCCAGCAAUGUUCGGCCAUGUGUCCACAGAAGACAAUACAUCACCCCACGGAUAACCUUUCCCCACGCCUCUUUGUUUGUUUGGUCACAGAUCUGUGGCAGACGGACUACAAAAGAAAAUGAAAGAUGUAGCUCAGUCUAAAAAGCACCCUGGAACAGUAAACAGGCUAUGAAUUCCUCCAAGUGUGAGGAAGCCCCAGAUGAAAAAAUGCUUGAAAAAGAACACAAGCAUGGUAAAAAAGACGAGACUGAGGAUUUUGCCUUUUGCGAGGCACCCGAAGAGCGUGAAGGGGACUCUCCUGGGACCAUUGAGGCCGGUAAACGAACUUGUUCAGAAAUGGAACGAGACUCCAAACAGUUCUCAAGCGGCAAGAGAGUCAAAGUUGCAGAAGAGAUGAAGCGGCAGUUAGCAGAUGAGAGUAGCAGACAUGAGCCUCUGUGUCUCAGCACGAGCGGAGCGACGAGGGACAACCUCCAUGGCAAAUCCAGAAUUUCUUUCAGAAAGCCUCUCUUCAGUAUCUCCCACAGAAUCUUAGAGAAGAAGAACACGCAGAAUGUCGAGCAGCAAGCAGGUCAAGUUUCUGGAAAUCUGCACAAUUCCAGCGGCCACUUCUCCUCCACUCUCCUGAGUCCCCAGGAAAAUGGCUUUUCGGAGUUUUUUCCAAGCACGGACAAUUCAGGCCAAACGUGGUCAAAGGACUCAAGCAUUUCUCCUCUAAUUGAAAAAAUGUUUUUCAUUCUCAAUAGCCUCAGUUCCAGCAUGACUCAGCUGCACAGCAAGGUGGACCUGUUAAGUCUGGAAGUCAUGCGGAUCAAGAAGCAGAUCAAACCGGCGCAGAUGGUGGCCGAGUUCCAGCCGCCACCGGAAUAUUUGCUGACAAGCGAAGAGUUGAAUCCUCUCAUGAGGCAGACGUCCAGCGCGGGAGAGCUCGGUUGUCGCUUGCUGGUGCAUCUCUUCCCAGAGCUGUUCAAAGCCAGGGAUUGCUCCCAUGACUGCAUGGCAACCAAGCGAUCGCUGGAGUCUCUCCAUUUGCAGCUGAUCCGCAACUACGUGGAGGCGUGCUAUCCCUCAGUCAAGAACAACGGUGUAUGGAAGGGAGAGUGCCUCCCUCAGAUUAAUGACUUUUUUAAUCGCUUUUGGGCCCACAGAGACAUGGAAAGCGCCCGGCUGCUCAGGAAGCAGACAAUGGCGGGAGACGGAAUCAAAGCAGAGCAUUCUCCGAGUUAUCGUUUGGUAAACGAGCAAGGUCGCGGCGAGCAGCUCUCUCAAGACAAUGAGCAGGGCAGCUUGGCGGGAAUGUUCAACGAUCAAGCCGCACAGGACCUGGAUGAGCUCUCGUCCCCCGAAGACUUUGUCAUUUUCCUGAUGCAUCGACUGUUCCCUGAGCUCUUUGAAGAGGGGACAAAAGUGCCGGAGGGCUCAAACUGUUUGAACGGUGUCGGCCAGCAGAUUCUCGACUCGGACAGGAUGGAAAUCAUCAAAAAGUAUAUGGAAACCAAUUUUCCAGAUGUGCCUGAGGAGAGCUGGCUUCAGGUGUGCCUUCAGCAUAUGGAUGAUGCAUUUGAUGGUCCUCCCAGCAACGGUAAUGCGAGUGAACCUGAGAACCUCAACGACGAACGCUAUGACCUGGCCAGCAUGUCCGAGGACAUUUCCGUCCUGAAGCUUCCGGAGAUGUGUGACAAUGAAAGGCCCUCGCGCAAGCCCAAAAAGUCGCUGCUGUCACCCGUAGAUUUUGACAACCUGGAGAUCCCCAUACCGGAUUUUACUGUUCCGCGGGAGUUUCUUUUGUCCAAGGAGCAGCUGAAGUGUAACUACGAAUGUAGUUUGUCCAUUGGGAACUUUGCCUCCCGGCUGCUGGUGCACAUGUUCCCUGAGCUCUUCACCCACGAGAACACGCGGAAGAUGUACAACUGCAGCGGUUCUCUGGGGAAAAAGCAGCUGGAUCCCCAACGGGUGAACCUGAUCCGCCAUUACGUGCAGUUGGUCUACCCGCGGGCCAGGAAUGACCGAGUGUGGAUGCUGGAAUUUGUGGGGAAACUUGACGAGAGGUGCCGGAGACGCGACACGGAGCAGAGGAGAUCCUACCUGCAGCAUCGCAAAGGCUACGCUCACGAUGUAGAGCAGGAAUUUUUCCUCAACCAGAUCCACCCAGACGGCAUGAGGGAGGAUCCGGAUAUUCCCACGUUACCGCCUGAGAAGAGCACAAAAGACUUUUGCAAAAUUCCCCUGGAUGAACUGAUCGUUUCACAACCCGACUUCCCGGUUCCGCCAGCGUACCUCCUCUCCGACGUGGAGAUACGGGAAAUAGUGCAGCAGAGCCUCUCGGUUGGAAACUUUGCCGCCCGACUGUUGGUACGCCUCUUCCCUGAGCUCUUCACCCAGGAGAACCUGCGCCUGCAGUACAACCAUUCCGGGGCCUGCAACAAGAAGCAGCUGGACCCCGCACGCCUCAGACUGAUCCGUCACUAUGUGGAAACGGUGUAUCCUGUGGACAAGAUGGAGGAAGUGUGGCACUACGAGUGCGUGCCGAGCAUCGAUGAACGCUGCAGGCGCCCCAAUCGGAAAAAGUGUGACAUUCUGAAGAAGGCCAAAAGGUCAAAUUCUGUGUUAUAGUGUCUGUCUCGCUCUCUCUCUCACACCCCCACGCCCCCAUUUUUGCACAGCAUAUAAGCUUAACUUUACAAACCUGUCCUUUUUAGGAUCAAGCCAACCUGUCUCGUGUUUCUUCUGUACAACUCCUCAUCCCGCUCCAGGCUCCAGAUAUAUGACAAAAGCUUCUAUUUAAGCCAAAACUUGUCAUAGCUUAUCUAACAUUGCCGUAGCCUUCGACAAUAAGAAAAGUAGUUCAUAGUAUAGUUUUCUAAAUGAGCAGAAAUCUCAGUUACUGAUGUUGGAUUAUAUCGCCGGUUUUAAUGACGUGCUGUUAUUAAGCCUUGUUAUAGAGGUUUAUAUUACGGAAAAACAUUUUAACACGACAGUGGUUCAGCACUUAUUUCGAAUAAAAUCACAUGACACUUUG